UCCCCAGAAUACAACCAUCUCUUCCAAACCAAUAUAUAAAAAAAACAUCUUUUCCAAAACCCAUCUGUAGAAGAAGCACUAUAACAAGACUUUUCUGCUAAAAAAUGGCUCUGAUGAGAGGUCUCAUGAGUGCAAAGAAGAUUCUAAGCAGAGGAGCUUCUGCUCCAAAGGGCUUUCUAGCUGUAUAUGUCGGGGAGAGCAAGAGAACGAGGUAUUUGGUCCCGGUUUCAUACUUGAAUCAGCCCGCGUUUCAAGCUCUGCUCAGCAAAGCAGAAGAAGAGUUCGGUUUCAAUCAUCCGACAGGCGGCUUGAUGAUCCCUUGUCCGGAAGCCCUUUUCAUGGAUGUAACUUCCCGGCUCGGAGGAAGACGAUCCUGAGGAAACAUGAACGUUUUUUCUUUUUUUUUCCCCAAGGCGAAUUAGAUGUGAAUAGAUACAUACUUCUUUCUCAUUUCUACAUUGGAGAGAAAUUCAUUGUGAAAACCGCUUUUUGUGUAACAGAAGAGAGUUUCAACACAAAGUACAGAGUUUGUAUUUUAUGA